AUGAACGGCGAAUCUAACCACGGUCAAGACUACCUGCGCGCGGUGAGGAGUAUUACAGCAUCUUCUUUUCCAACAGAGGAGGAUCGAAUGAAUGCACUUCUAGCAACGUACGAGGUUAUUGCUAGGCUGGAAACCCCGUGGGAUACCUACGUCAGAAUUCAUAUGAAUCAGCCGGCUGUCACUGCGGGGGUCAAAGUCAUCAAAGACUUGAAUUUGAUGAUGAAGUGGAAAGAACAAGGGUUUGUCCCGAUGACGAGUGACCAACUCGCAGGCCUUGUUGGGGACUGUGAUCCUCAGCUCCUCCACAGGUUUCUCCGUAGCCUGGCAGCAAACGGUCUGAUGGAACAAGUCCCAGUAGAGAAGUUCAAGCCGAACCAUUUCUGCAUGGAACUAGCAAAGCCAGACUUUGACGGUCUCCUCAACUUCUAUUACGCGGUUGGCCGUCGCGCAUUUGGUACCUUGCCCGAUUAUCUGGCAGAAACAGGUUACAAGGAUCCCUCCGAUGCCACGAACACAAUCAUCCGGAAAUCCACUGGGCACAGCGGAGACAUGUGGUCUUAUCUGAGCGAGAAUCCCAAAAUAGGUGAGAUGUUCAACAUCGUACAGAAGGCAUCUACGAACAAAGAGCAACCAUGGACGGACAUAUACCCUCACCGCAACUUGGUCGACGGAUCAGACCCGAGUCUCCCGCUUCUCGUGGAUAUUGGUGGCAGCAUCGGUCAUGAUCUCUUACGCUUUUACAAAGCCUAUCCAAACGAAGGUUCAAGGUUAUACCUCGAAGAUCUUCAGUCAGUCAUCAGUGACGCGAAGGAGAAAGCCCUCCUUCCCGAUACGGUAAAAAAGUUGGAAUACAGCUUCUUUGAGCCACAACCAGUGAAGCAUGCUCGUGCAUAUUACAUGCACCAUAUCAUUCACGAUUGGUCCGAUCACCUCGCCCUCAAGAUAUUAGAGACGCAGAAAAGCGCCAUGAAGCCUGGUUACAGCAGGUUGUUGAUUCAUGACCAAGUUCUGGACGAUAAUAAGAGCCAAGUGAAUACCACAGCAUUUGAUAUAGGCAUGAUGGUAUACGUGUCCGGGAAAGAGCGCACUGAGAAGCAGUGGUUGGCUUUGCUUGACUCAGCCGGUCUCAGAGUCAUCAAAUUUUGGAAGAAGCCACCCGACUACUUCAGUGUUAUCGAAGUCGAAGUGCCAGUUUCGUAG